AACGCGUCGCAUUCAUCCGCUCUGGACGUGUGCGCAUCGGUUCCAAGCUACUUCUCAAGUAGCGCAUCCGUUGGCUGCAAAUUUGCAUCGAUUUCAGCCGCAAAAAAAAACAACACAAGAGCAUGUCCGCGCCCCGCCAGCGCUACAGCCGCGUGCCCACCGAGGACGCCGCGACGACCCGCGCCGCCGCGAAGAAGCGGCGCAGCGAGCUCGCCGAGCAGGUCGCGACGAAGAUCCAGGCCGCCGCGUGGGUCGCGGCCGGCGGCUUCGUGGCCUACCAAACAGAUUUACCGGUCGUGCUGCUGGCGGGCACGGAGACGAAUCGGUUCUGGUGCGACGUCGCCGCGGCUUGUUUUGCGGCGAACUGUGUCUUAUGCUUCUACCUGACGGUCUGGCUGCCGCACGUCCAGCGCAUCGACCUCGAGUGGAACGUCUACUGCCCGCGCGUCAUCCCGACGAUGACCGUGCUGGGGCUCACCUGCGGCUUUUCGUUAAUAAGGGGGCUCUGGCCCGUCUGGGGCCUGCUGACGCCGCUGAUUUUGGGUUUAGUAGCGAUGGCGUGCCUCAUGUCGCUGCACUUCAUACCGAUACCCUGCUGAGGGCUGCAUGCGCAAUUUUGAACCUAAGUUUCACUGUUACAAC